AUAACAAAUACUUGUUUUCCUCUUAUUUUCACAGUUUGUGUUGGACUCCACAUGGCAAGUGGCUGCUGGGGAAGAAAGCAAAGAAGUGGAGAUACAAAACCAGCGGGAGAUGAGAGUGCUCGAGGCUGUUUAUCCUCGUCCAUCUGCCAUUCCUCCAAACCCUUCUGUGUUAAUGGGCAUUGAAGACUCUCACAAUGAUCUGAACACUCCUCAGAUCUCCAUCACGCCCAUUGAAGAUGAAGAUGCAGAUACAUCAGUUGAUCCCAUGGUACAGAACACCAUUCCCAUGAGCUCACAGGCUCCACUAUUGGCUCCUGGAAUGCCUACUGCAUCACAGGGCGGUUCCAGUAGUUACCCUAACCCUAAUGCCAAUGGAAAUGCAGUGGCUGCUGGAAUGAUCCCUGGGGUUGAACCAGAUGUGGCAGCGGCUGCACAAGCAGCCUUGACUGCAAUAAUGACAAGCAAUGACCAAGGAAGCUUGAUUGACCAGGAUUUGCUCAUUAAAAUUCUCAGCAAUCCAACCUUAAUUGAAAAACUAAUUGCAGACCACAUAGCAGCCGCUAACCCUCAGACCAUGCCCCCCAUGCCAAGGCCUCCCGGGAUAAUUUUAUCUGAGCCACCUCCAGUUCAGAUCAGCCGGGCAGAAGCGGGUGGACCCCAAUUGGCAGGUCCUCCAAGUGGACAGUUCUACACUCCACCAAAUAGAGUGGGACCCAUUCCAGCUGAAGUUCUUCCAGUUCCCUCUCCACCUGUGGGGCCUCCUGUUGCAAAGGACAUUAACUAUUAUAAGAGUUUGAUUCAACAACACGGGGGAGAAAGACAAGAGAACCCUCCACAGUUUGGUAGUAGCCAUCACAACCACCAAUUAGGAGUGAACCAGGAAUCGGUAAAUAACCCUACACCAAGGGAUUUGAAGCCCAAGAUUAUGAAGCCAUGCAUCUAUUUUAACAGUUCAAGGGGAUGCCGGCACGGAUCCAACUGUUCAUAUCGACAUGAUGCGUCAUCGCUGCAGCGGGCCAGUAGCAUGCCGGAGGUGCAAAGUGCAAAGAGAAUGAAGUUGGAUAGGGAGAUUACAGGUGCAUGAUCAUGCAUUUAGCGUCACUCUGUAUAUUUUUUCAAGAGGAAUGACUAAUUGAUGCCCGGCCUAUUUUAUAUAUCUCCUCUGACUUGGUUUUUUUUUUUGGAAAGAAGUAUUGAUUCAAUUUAUUUAUUUUUCUUGUGUGAAACAUUGCGUGAUACUCAAAUUAUGAGUGCGAGCCUUGAUAUCUACCAACAAUUCCUGAAUUGUAGGUAUAGCUCCCAAUUUUCGUGUCCUUGGUAUAUUUUAUGUUUUAGUUAUCAUUCCUUACAAUGUAAUUUCUAAUAAUGAGGUUACUUUUUCA